CGAUUCCCAUCUCAUCGACAUCGCUGAUGCAGCGCCCAGUUUUGUGGCUAUGGGCCUGGGAGCUACUCCUUCAAAACUCUACCGUACGGUACACACCAGAGUUCAGCAUCAUACUCUUUCUCUGCUCUGAGUAGUAUGGCAAUGAAAGUAGCCAUCUGCGGCGGAGGUAUCGGUGGCCUCACGCUGGCCCUAGUCCUCAAGAAGUUCAUGACGUCUUCGACAUUCACCGUCGAUUUGUACGAGGCGGAGCCGUCUUUUACUGAGAUAGGUGCCGGGAUAACUGUGUGGCAGCGGACACGGAGUGUCUUUGCUUCCCUCGGAUUACAAGCAACCCUGGAAAACCGAGCGCUCUCUCCUCCGAUGACACUGAGGAAAAGCGACACGAAGGAGCCUUUUGUGUUCCAUACACUCGUUAUUCCUCAUGGCUGUAUCGCGCUUCCUCGAGCGGACAUGGUUCAGCUCCUCGUCGAAAGCUUGUAUGCAGACUCCACGUCGUUCCUCACCAUCCACUUCUCCAAGAAGCUGGAAGUAUACGACCAAGAUGGGUACGGCAUCACCCUUCGUUUUGCUGAUGGAUCUUCGUCUCGUGCAGAUGUUCUCGUGGGUGCAGAUGGCAUAGGCUCGCCCACUCGCAAGACGAUGUACGCCGGGAUCGCAGAGCACAUCGCUCAGGGCGACCCAGAGAAGGCAACUUCGAUCCUGCAGAGCGCACGACCGACAUGGACAGGGACUCAUGCAUACCGGACGCUUCUGGAUAGGGAGAAACUGAAAACAAUCUCUCCGCAAAAUGUCAUGCUGGGCGGCGGUCUUUUGUGGUGCGGUUCAGGAAAGCAUGUCGUCUCGUAUCCAAUCUCUCCUACCUUAAUCAAUAUCCUCUUUUUCGACACCAUUCCCGACGGCCUCGGGAAGCCACUUUCUGGACCGUCGGUUGUCGCCGCAUCCAAGGACGAAAUCGUAGAAUUGUAUAAAGAUUGGGAGGAUGAUCUUCGGAUUGCCGCAGAGAAUAUCGGAGAUGUGUCGAAAUGGGCCAUCAGCCACAUGCGCGAUCUGCCCCAAUACGCCGACGGGCGGGUGGUGCUGAUAGGCGACUCCGCCCAUUCCAUGAGUACCCAUUUCGGAGCGGGCGCUGGCCAGGCAAUAGACGACGCCUACGUUCUCGGGCGCAUCCUCGCACACCCGAAAGUCACAGCGAACAACAUAGCCGAAGCGCUCAAAGUGUACGACGCAGUUCGCAGGCCGGUCGCUAGCACCGCUCUCGAGUACUCUCUGAGGACCGGCUUCCUGUACGAGUUCCACCCCGACUACCUUCCCGUGGGCACCGACAUCGAGAAGCUCCGCGCGGGAGAUCGCGCCGAACUGAAGAAGGUCUCUGACGACCUCCAGGACAUGGUGCGUUUCCAUUGGGCUGAGCUUCCCGAGAAAGAGUGGGACCGGGCGCGCGAGGCUCUGGAGAGGUUGUAAAGAUUAACUUGGUUGAUGGGAUGCGCUUUCUUCAACGCCCAUGUGUAUACGCGUAUGCCGUAGACUUCAUCCUUUCCCGUGGAAUUAUGUCUAGAUUUAUACAGAGCUCACGUCAUGUGUAAAAUCUGCUCGCCUUGGACUACUACGGUACAGCAUUUACGGCUUCCUUCCAGUACG